AUGUCAAGAAGAGGCUUACGAGAUGAAGAAAUCGAACGAUUAUUGUGUGAAAUUCCAUCAGACGAGGAUUCCACUGUUGACACCACAGAUGACGAAUCUGAUUAUGAAGCAAGCAUUGUUGCGGAGGCUAUUGUGUCGUCUGAAGGCGAAGUUUCAGAGAGCGAGGAAGAAAGUGAGUCCACUCCGCCAAAACGCGCUGCUGACACAGCGCCAACUUGGGGACAACAAUUCAAUGCUACCUCAGGAAUGCAGUUCGACAGUGAAUCAGGACCAAGUGCUUUUAUUAGGGACAUUGAUGAUCCAGAACCUAUCGAUAUAUUCGAAAAAAUAUUUCCAAAAGAGCUAGUUCAGCUAAUCGUUUUCCAAACAAAUUUAUAUGCGACGCAAUCUGGCAAGUCUUUCACUCCAACAACUGACAAUGAAAUACGAACUUUCCUGGGAAUCAACAUUUUGAUGGGUAUAAAGCGUAUGCCAGCAUACAGAGACUACUGGUCUAGUGCCCCAGAACUUCAUGAUCGUUAUAUUGCAUCUCUGAUGGCAGUAAAUCGGUUUGGAUGGUUACUGAGGAACAUUCAUCUGAAUGAUAACACAUUGCAUCCAGAAAAAGGACACCCAGGUUAUGACAAACUGUACAAGCUGCGACCAGUGAUCAAGAUACUAUCUGAAUCUUUUUCCAAGUGUUACCAACCCAGCAAACACCUAGCAAUUGAUGAGUCAAUGAUCAAAUUCAAAGGCCGCAACAGUAUGAAACAAUACAUGAGAGAUAAACCCAUAAAGCGUGGUUACAAAGUGUGGAUGCUGUGUGACAAGACCUCUUACAACUUGAAAUUUGAUAUUUACACCGGAAAAGCCGUGCAUGCGAGGGCACUAUAUGACCGCGCGCCGCUACAUCGCGUCCCACGCCGGGGCGAGCCGCAAGCAGUAGAUGAGUCGCCAUGGGCCGCGCCGCACCGUCCGCUGGGUGCUGUAACGUCUGUCGCAGCCGCCCCCGACGCCGACGCCAAAACCGCCGCCGCCACCGUGUGA